AUGAAGGGUAACGAUCAAGAGCUAGAAGAUUUGGCACUCCGAAUGCGACACCUCGCCGUUUUCUCUUCAUCCGUCGCCGUCUUCGUUGCAGUUCUGUCCGUCUUCGCUCUUCCGAUUCUGAUUUCAUCCACACUUCAGGCAGUUGUGAGUAGAAUUUCAAUUUCAAACUUACUACUUUUGGAAAAAACUCUAGCAUCAGUAGAUGACAGCUUGGGGCGAUGCACUGCGGAUGCAUUCAAAAUGUACAAAGCGAUUGACGAAAUCGAAAUUCAAUUGAUUCGAUCAUUCAACAAAACUUCUCAACGAACGAAACGUGGCGGUGGAUAUGCUUCAGCGUCUUCUUAUGGGCAAUAUUCUGGACAGUAUUCUGGACAACAAUACGAUUCAGUCGGCACUCCAACUUCCAAUGGUCAAUAUCGAUUCUUCCCAGAGGUUCUCGAAGCAAUUCGUGCCAGACGUCCAACACUUCACUCUCUUCAACAGGAUUAUCAUUCAGGAGGAGGAGGUGGAUGUGGAGUAUCUUCACAGGGAUAUCAAACGAGACCAACUUUUGUUGGACCACAAACUGGUUCCAUCCUUCGCGAUGGUCAGUCUGGAUUCAACGGAGGCGGUGGUUGUGUUCCACGAUUUGGACCACCUGGACCACCAGGAACUCCAGGACAAUCUGGAAGAGAUGGAUCCGAUGGAGAAGCAGGAUCCAAUGGAGGGCAAGGAAGAGAUGGAGUCGCAGAUAUUGAUAGAGAACCAUGCCAAGUCUGUGCUCCAGCACCACAAGGAUAUCCAGGACCACCGGGACCAAGAGGAAGAACUGGAGAGCAAGGAGCACCUGGAUUAGAUGGAAACACUUUUGAUGGAGAGGAUGGAGUACCAGGACUUCCAGGGCCACCCGGACCACCAGGACCACCUGGAUUGCCAGGAUCUAUGGGAGAACAUGGGCAAUAUAGAGAGGAAGAGAUUGCCGGACCGCCAGGACCACCAGGAGUUAAAGGGCCACAAGGAGGUGUUGGAUCGAGAGGAGCGGAAGGAAAUCCAGGACCAAAGGGACCACCAGGACAACAGGGAAACCCGGGAGCACCAGGAGUAGGAGGACGGCCAGGACUUCAAGGAAGACCUGGAAAUCCAGGAGCGCCAGGAUCUCCAGCAUCCUGCGAUCAUUGUGCACCACCGGUCCUCGAACCAGGAUAUCAAGUGGAUGUGAAAAAGACUCUCAAACGUUCAUCUCCAUGA